AACAACUAAUAGAAGUUGUCCUAUAAGUAAGUUUUGGUAACCUUAAUAUCUAGCAUUUCAGGCAGCAUCUAGUUCUGGUGAAAAAAAAAAAUCCCAUCUUGUAAUGUUCUGUAUUUCAAAAGUCUGAUGACAGAAUUAAAGAUGAUGUGGAAAUACAGGGAAGGUUCUCAAAACUUUACUAUUGCAACUGGCGUUCUCUGAUACUAAGAGAUAAUGACGUUCAUACUGCAGUUCACUCAGGUAUGAGGAAGGUUUUUCAUGCCAGUCUCUCCUCCCUCUUUGUUAGCUCAGAUGAAAAUUUGACGGUCAUCGUCAGGGCUGCUGGGAAGGGUUAAGUUGCCCAGCAUGAGAUGAGAGCACGUGGCUCAGUGUUGCCGGUUACAGAAUGUUGCCAGACUAGAGGCUUAAAGCACAGGCACAGGAAAUGAGUAGGGUUCUUCUCUUUCAGUCAGGUGCAUGUAACGCAAAGUCAGUGGGGUGGCUAACUGCAUUUGGCUGUUCGAUUCUACUCGAGGAGAAUGAUGCAACGAUGAAAAGGCUCUAAUUAUAGUGCAGGAAGGCUCGGAGACAAUCAAGCGCUUCCUGGUACUGUACAUCAUAGCGUGUGUAAGCUUCCAUGAAUCCGGGGGUCUCAGUUUUUAUGUGCAUACUGAAUUGGAUACGAUACCGGGGAACCGUCUCUGGGGAUUAAACUUGGAAAGGAAUUUCAUAUGUCGUGUAAAUGCACGAAUUACUUAAACGUUACACCACAGCAGUCUUUAAAACAUUUAAGACAGUCCAUACAUCCUGAAGUGUCCUCAAGGCAUCCCAGAGGGACUGCUGAGACCGCCGCUCCGCCAUGUCUCUCCUGACUCAUGCUCUGGCCUGCCUGUUUGGAAUGGGCUCCUGGGUGGCCAUUAACGGCAUGUGGGUGGAGCUCCCUCUCAUUGUCCCCGAGAUUCCAGAAGGAUGGUACCUGCCCUCCUAUCUCACUGUCCUAAUUCAGCUGGCCAACAUGGGACCCUUGUUUGUCACCCUGAUGCACCGUUUCUAUCCUGGAAAAUUAAGUGAAGUGGCGGUCAUUUACACAAUCAUCAGCUUGGGCAUCCUGGCUACGUUGCUACUGGCCUUCUUCUGGAAGGAGACUUUAGUCAUAGGUGGAGACUCCCGCAGUGUUCCUCUCUUAGUUCUCACCUUCUUCCUCUCUCUUGUGGACUGCACUUCCUCUGUGACUUUCCUGCCCUUCAUGAUGCGUCUGAAGCCCCAGUACCUCACCACUUACUUCAUUGGUGAGGGUCUCAGCGGGCUGGUCCCAGGGUUGGUGGCCUUGAUCCAAGGCGUCGGUGUUGUCCAGUGCGUUAACCAGACACAUGCCAUCAACGAGACCUGGAAUAGUACCACAGACACCUUUGAACUUCAAGCCUGGUACCAACCAGCUAAUUUUUCACCCCAAAUCUUUUUCAUUUUCCUCAGUUUCAUGAUGGGGGUCUGUUUGGUGGCCUUUCUUCUCUUAAACUAUCACCCGGCUGUCAGCCGGGAAUGUAAACACAACCGAUACCUUGAUGGAGUUGCUAAUGGUGAAAACAGGGAACUGGCUCACAGACGGAAUAACCAGCCUGAACAGAAACCCAUGAUCAGUCCCUUGGAAAGUCCCCAGUCAGAGCUGAAGAGUUCUUUUGGAUCUGGGAAGUAUAGCUGGAUGCAAGUCCUGUUUGUCUUUGUGGUCCUUGCUUGGGUCAAUGCACUGACCAACGCUGUCCUACCUGCAGUCCAGUCUUACUCUUGCCUGCCCUACGGCAAUAGUGCCUACCACCUGGCUGCUACUCUUGCAGCUGUAGCCAACCCAGCGGCUUGUUUCAUUGCCAUGAUUCUGCCCCUCAGGUCCUUAUUGCUGAUGGCGGGGCUAACCACAUUCGGCACUGGGGUUGGAUGUUAUAUCAUGGCCACGGCAGUAUUGAGUCCUUGCCCGAUACUUGUUCACCAGAGCACAGGAACUUUCCUCAUAGUCAUUGCCUGGGUGCUUCUUGUCCUCACUCUGUCCUAUGUGAAGGUGAUGAUAGGGGUGAUCCUACGUGAUGAAGGCCACAGUGCCCUUGUGUGGUGUGGGGCUGUGGUGCAGCUGGGCUCCAUGCUUGGUGCUCUGACCAUGUUUCCUCUCGUCAGUGUGUAUAAUUUCUUUCGGUCAGGAGACCCCUGUAACACAAAGUGCCCAAUAUAAUGGACGAUGGAUAUCCAAGAGUAUUUUUUGCACCAUUUGAGAAUCACAGUGAAAAUAUAAACCUUACUUUUUUGCAACUGUUUUCUACAGAAGAGCCUCUGAUGUCUGCUCUAUAAAAGAUCUUAUAGUUUUAUCUAGCAAUUGAAUAAUGUUCAAAGUAUAGUAAGCACGAUUACAAUAAUUAGGUCAUUAAUAAUCAAUGGAAUACCUGAUAAAUGUAUAGAAAAUGUCAACUUUAAGAUUUACCUUUUGCCAUAUUCAAUUUUAUGUCAACUUUGUCUGACAUUUAAUAGAAUAAUAACAUGAAUAAAACAAAUAAGAUGUUCAUUUACUUCCUACAAGUAGUUGUGUUCAUGAACUCUCGCCAUUUGUUAAAGUCCCCUCAAUAUAAAAUGUAUUUAAUAUAAUGCCAUAUUUUGGCAAACAUUUUACAAGAAAGCACUUUGGCAGCAUUCAGAAAAGUACAAAACUCAUGAAUCUUUAACCGUAUGUGCACUUAUCCCUUCAUGCCCAUAAAUAGAUGCUUCACAGUAUCUUAUAAUCUUAAAAGGAAUAGGGCCUUCAGCAUCUACAAUGUUGUAUUUAAACAUUAAGCAGCGUUUUUGGUACUGUUUGAUGACUAAGAUUGAUUUUUUAAUUAGUAUGAUUCUGACAAAUCUAUCAAAUAAUUUGUCAAAUAUUGUUGUAAUGUAAUAUUUUACAUUAAAAUGCAAAUUAUUCAAAA